UGACUUGUAGGACCAGGAGAAUGAAGUUUAUAUUUGGUUUGGUGUGUGUCGGGAGUGUGCUGGCGGCGCCUCAAAGAAUCGGAGAAGGUUAUCUUGCUCCGCUGCCACAAGCCUCCGAUUCCCUAUCCUCCGCAUCCUCCUCCUACCUUUCUCCGGACUUCGGAGCAUCUGCCCGCCAAGCUGUUGAACUCUACGGAGUUCCUGAAGAUGACAUAUUUACCCUGCCUAGUGAUGCCUAUGUAGUUUAUGAUCUUGAAGAAGAUUCUAAUGAUCAGGAAGAACAGAGUUUCAGAACUUCACUGGAAAAUGUUGAAGUUUUGCCCAAUGAGCCCGUAAUUUCAAAUUAUGAAACCCCUUUGGACAUUGGAUCAUCAAGUGAACCGAUUAUUACCAACUAUGAUGUUCCUUCAAAUGAGGUUUUUGAACUACCAAGUGAGACUAUAGUUGCUGAUUAUGGGGCACCCUUAGACAAUAUAAUUGGAUCUCUAAGUGAAACUGUGGUAUCUGAUUAUGAAAUUCCUUUGAGCAAUACUUUUGAUUCUUCUGAUAUCUCUAGCUAUUCAUCUAGCAAUGAUGGAUAUGCUAGUGAGAGCAUUGCAGACAGUUAUAUUCCUGCUCUUGAUGAUGAAGUUUAUGCACCCCGGGCACCAAUCAUUGAGAAUUCUCAGGAAAAUAUUGUGUCAGAGAGUCAGGUUAAACAAGUAGCAACAAACCCAGAGUCUUUCAGAUCCUCAAGCAGUUCCAGCUCCUCAAGCAGUUCCAGCUCCUCAAGCAGCUCCAGCUCCUCUAGCAGCUCCAGAGCAUCCAGUAGAUACAAUCCUUCCUCGAGCUCCAGAAGGCAGAUCAGGAUUCUCAGCCAUGACUUCUCUGACACCAACGAUGGAAACUGGAAUUAUGCAUUUGAGUCUGAGAAUGGUAUCAAGCAGGAGGCUAGGGGAGAAAUGAGGUCCAUUGGAGAUGCUUUGGUUAGUGUGAUGUCAGGUUCUUACUCCUACGGUGGUGCCGAUGGUUUAACAUAUCAGGUCGACUGGUACGCUGAUGAGACAGGAUUCCACCCUUCUGCUCCUCAUCUACCAAAACCCGUUGAAAUCUCCCACCCUGAGGUUGCAGCUGCUGUUGCCGCGCAGCUUAAGUUUGCUGCUGAACAAGAUGCUGCCGCUGCUGCAGCUGCUUCAGAGACAAACAGUGUUAUUGUGCCUCUCAGUUCAAACUUCGAUGAUCUCUCCAGUUAUGAAGAUGAACCUAUCUCUAACUACGCUUUUUAAAUGAUAAAUAUAAAAAUUGCUUCAGGUGUAAUGAUCGCAGAUGAAGACAUACAAAAACAUGUUUUACUAUUUAUUUUGUUUAUUAAUUAUUGUUGUGUUAUACAGUCCUGUUUCCCAUGUGGGAAUUUCGAGGAUUCUGCUAUGUUAUGUUUUUAAUAAAAAUUAUGAAUCAU